CGCGUUCACGCGUCUUUUCCGCCAGAAAGAGAAAGGGAUGCGCUGGAGGGGCGCUAAGAUAGAGAAAUCAUCAAUUGCAGAGAAUAUUAAUCCCGUCGGUGUGAAUACAGUCAGUCAACUAACUCAGGCCACGACCAUCUGCUUUUGCAGACUACGCACAUCCGUCCAUCGAGAUCCUAGAGCCCAUCGCGGCUUUCCAGCGGCCUCGCGCCAGCUUGCACCAUGUCUUCCCUCUUCGACGCCGUCCUCCAGUCUGAGCUGGGCUCCAGCGCAGGUUCUCGUAACAGACAAUUUCCAGGGUCGGAUCAACCAUCGAGCUCACGACCGCAGCCCAUGUCAGAAAGCAAUGGACCUAUGAGUGACGCGCAGGCAUUCCCAGACGAUGAAGUCGUUGGCCCCAAUGGAUCCGUUACUUCUCGACGAAACCCUUACGCUCCCCCGCCUCCACCUGUCGUUGAUCUGGCCGGUGAGAAGGUGCAGCAAGCCUUUGAGGAAUUGCUCGAGACAUAUGUCGAGGAGCCCACAUCAUCAGCCCUGCCUCCAUCUUCUGAGAUGUUGAGUGACAAGUACUACAUUGCGCAGAUUCACGGCAUGGCCAAGUUUGGUCUUUCGACGCUCUAUGUUGAUUUCACACACUUGACUUCGAUGGAUAACCAGAUUCUGGCAGAUGCCAUCGCCAAUCAAUACUACCGAUUCCAGCCGUUUUUGACGAAGGCGUUGCAUAACCUAAUCGCCAAAUAUGAACCCGAUUAUUUUGCUGCCCACCGUCAAGCGAGCAGUGUCACUUCGCAGGCAAGCUCCUCCGUCAUGGCGGCCAACACCAGUGUCAGUGACAACCCGGAUCUCGCCCGUUCGAUUCGGGAGAGGACACGCCAUCAGCAAACGGACAGGGUUUUCUCGUUAGCUUUCUACAACCUCCCCCUAGUAUCACGACUGCGUCAGCUGCGCACGUCGCAGAUUGGCAAACUCGUCUCUGUCUCGGGGACAGUCACAAGGACGUCAGAAAUUCGACCGGAGCUUUCCCUAGGCACUUUCAUCUGCGAGGCCUGUAAGACUCCGUGCACAAAUGUGGAGCAGACUUUCCGGUACACAGAACCUCCCCGAUGCCCGAACAAUCUGUGCGGCAACAGUAUCGGCUGGCGCCUCGAUAUCGGCAAGAGUACCUUUGUUGAUUGGCAGAAGGUGAAGUUGCAGGAGUCGUCUCAUGAGAUCCCAACGGGUAGCAUGCCUCGAACUAUGGACGUCAUCCUGAGAGGUGAGAUGGUGGACAGAGCAAAGGCUGGAGAGAGGUGUAUCUUCACGGGUACCCUCAUAGUGGUCCCUGAUGUCAGCCAGCUUGGACUUCCUGGGGUACGGCCGGAGGCUAACAGGGAUAACGGUGCUUUCCGCGGCUCAGAGGUCGGUGGAGGCGGUGUUAGUGGUCUCAAGUCCUUGGGUGUAAGGGAUCUCACGUACCGCUUGGCCUUCCUUGCCUGCAUGGUCACGCCAGACCUGUCAACCCCAGGCCAGGCAACCAACCAGCAAUUGAACGGCCAGUCAGGCAAUAUUCUGGCGUCGUUAAACCAAAAUGAGCAGCCACAAGGGGAUGAAGAUAUGGCCCAGGAGGCACUUCUUCAGACUCUUACCCCAUAUGAAGUCCAGGAUUUGAAGAAACUAGUCCAUUCAGAGUAUAUCUACUCCCGUCUAGUGGACUCCAUUGCGCCUAUGAUCUACGGCCAUAGGCAAAUCAAGAAGGGCCUUCUUCUUCAACUCAUUGGAGGAGUGAGCAAGACGACUGAGCAGGAGAGUAUGCAGCUUCGUGGAGACAUCAACAUCUGUAUUGUUGGUGACCCCUCUACAAGUAAGAGUCAGUUCCUGAAGUACAUCUGCUCCCUACAUCCCCGUGCAGUCUACACAAGUGGAAAGGCAUCUUCUGCAGCUGGUUUGACGGCGUCGGUCGUUAAAGAUGCAGAGACUGGCGAGUUCACCAUUGAAGCCGGUGCACUCAUGCUUGCUAACGGUGGCGGAAUCUGUGCCAUUGAUGAAUUCGACAAGAUGGAUAUCAGUGACCAGGUUGCUAUCCACGAAGCAAUGGAACAGCAGACCAUAUCCAUUGCUAAAGCUGGCAUUCACACCACCCUGAACGCACGCGCUUCUAUCCUGGCUGCAGCCAACCCGAUCGGAGGCCGCUACAACCCCAAGACGACGCUAAGAGCAAACCUCAACUUCAGCGCGCCCAUUAUGAGUCGAUUCGAUUUGUUCUUCGUCAUCCGUGAUGAGCCCAAUGAAGCUGUUGACCGAAAUCUGGCUGAGCACAUCGUGAAUGUGCACAUGAACCGUGAUGAGGCCGUUGAGCCUGAGCUCAGCACAGAGCAGCUGCAGCGUUAUAUCCGAUUCGCAAGGACCUUCAAGCCUGUCUUCACCGAAGAAGCUAAGGCCCUGCUGGUCGAGAAAUAUAAGGAGCUCCGCGCCAACGACGCUCAGGGUGGCAUUGGCCGCUCUUCUUACCGCAUCACUGUGCGCCAGCUCGAAUCACUGAUCCGUCUGUCUGAGGCUGUGGCCAAAGCCAACUGUGUCGAAGAAGUUGUCCCCAGCUUUGUUCGCGAAGCCUAUGAUCUGCUACGACAGAGCAUUGUCACUGUCGAGAAGGAUGAUGUCGAAGUCGAUGACGAGGAAGAGGAAGCUGCCCGCCAAAACGCCGAUGGUGACGAUGAGAUGGCCGAUGCGGCACCCCGUGAUCGUGACGGCGACAGCCCCAUGGGCGAUACUGGUGAUAAUCAACAAGAACAAGUCCAGCAGCGCCGCCCCAAGACCAAGAUCACAUACGACAAGUACAUGAAGAUCCUCAAUCUGUUCGUACGACGCGUGAACGAAGACGAGUCCAACUCCGGCGAGGGUGUCGAACAAGAGGAGCUACUCGUCUGGUACCUCGAACAGAUCGAAUCCGAGCUGAAUAGCGAGGAGGACCUAGAGCGCGAACGUGACUUAGCAGUUAAGGUGCUGAAGAGAAUGGUCAAGGACAAUAUUCUCAUGCCCAUCCGCGGCGAAGGCCUUGUCGAGGAUACAGAUGGCGAGCAGUCGGCACGAACAGAAAAGACUGUUUACGUUCUACACCCCAACUGCGCCAUCGAGGAGAUGUGAAAAUAAACCCAGUUUUCUUAUCUGUUUUAUUUUAUUACGGAAUUUUAAUGCCAUGUCUGAAAGUCUACGAGGCAAGAUCUGAAUACCAGGCGUUCUCCAGUAUCGUUAUCGGAAUGAGAUUUGUAUCAAUGAAAAUAUGAAAUUCAGGCGUUCCCCAGCAUCAUCUGAUUAAAAUACAAUCUGUAGAAGCAGUAUCUG